CAGGUUACAGCUUCGUGAUGUUUUAAAAACUUUGGAAAAUGCAAAGAAAGAAAUAAACGACGCCAGGCUAGGAAUGACGUAUGAAAAAACAUGGGAUGAUAUUAUUGCAGAAAAUAAGGCGCUAAAGAAUAAAGCUGAAAAACUUGGAAUAAAUAACACUGUUCUUAAAUUUGAAAUCGAAAAGCUUUCCAAUGCUAAAGAAAAGGGAAUUCAAACUCUUACAAAAGAGCAAAUGCAAUGUAAAAAUUACAAUACCGAGUUAGAGAUGAAAUUACAAACAUGUCAAAAUCAAGUAAAAGAGAUGAAUUUUAAACAUGAACAAGAGAUUCGAAUUAAGGACAGACAGAUUGAUAUAUGUAGCGGCCAUCUUAGUAAACAUAUGCAAAUAAAUAUUGAAAAAGAUGAAAUAAUCUCUUCAAACGAUAAGAAGUAUCGUGCAGAGAUAGAUCACCUUCGCCAGUGCAUUAAAGAUUUAAAAAUUAAAAAUGAUCCUUUAGUUGACGAAGGGAAUAAAACAUGUGACACUAGAAAACUUUUAGACAAGAAAAAAAUAGAACUAUCUGAUGAAACCGAAGAAGUACUUAAAACACUGUUUGAUAUCGAUAUGCAAUUAGAUGCAGUUAUAUCACCACAGAAGACGUAUACAGAAGCACUGUCUAUGCAUGUCGAUAAAUGUGUUACAAAAUAUGAUGAUAUUGGUAAAACGUGUUGUAUGAAAGAGGUUGCACUUUCUAUAAAAAAUAAAAUAAAGCUGCUUCCAUUAUACCACAUCGAAAAUGAAAUGUGUCAGAUGAAGACACAUAAUGAAAUUUUAGAAAAUGGAAAAGGGAGAGCAGAAAAGGAUCGUCGUGAACAGGAGGUAGAAUGUGCUGAAAUGAUGCGUAAAUUGAAGGAAUCCGACGAGCAAGUCGUUGUACUACAAAAGAAAAAUGCAGAAUUGCAAAAAGAUUCCUCAAAAUAUGACCAACAUCAAACUGAUCAGCUUGACACUAUAAAUACGAAAUCCGUCACCGUUAAGCAGAAGAAUGUAAAACUUGUAAUGGAAGAAGAUAAAUUAAAAUCAGAAUUGAACCGAACAAUCAUUGAAUUAAGACAAAAAAUAUCCGAUCUAACAGAUACAGAAAAAUCACUUGAUUUAGACGUAAGAGAAAAAGACAAUCGUGUUUCUAUGUUAAAUGACGAAUUAGAGAAGUGCACAGAAAUGGUAAAAACAAAGGAAAUAGAAUUGCGAGAAAUGGAAAAUAAAUUGCAAACAGUUAAAUCCAAUCUUAACAACGAUUCAAAUUUCUGUAAAAAAGAAAUUGCUCAAAAAGAGAAAAUGUUAGUCAAAAUCAAUGAGAGGAUGAAUAAAAUGGAAGCAAUAGUAGAAGAUUUAGGGAAGGAAGUCAAAGCAAAAGAUGUCAAAAUAGAUGACCUUGCUACCGAGCUGCAGCAAAGGUUAGAACACCACAACAAAACUCAGAAAAAUCUCGAAAACAUUAUCAAUUCAAAGGAGAAAUUGGUUCUUGAUCUUGAGAAAAAAGUUGAGCAGCGAGACUCUAAAAUUUACAGACUUGGGAAGAAACUUGAACAGGACUCUUCAGGGAACAUACAUGACAGUAAACACAAAACGGAUGCAGCAGUGACAAAUGAGAUCAGCGAUUUGAAGAAACAACUUAAUCAUACAUUAUCAAAACUACAUGAUACACAAGCUGAACUUGAUGACACAAAGACAAGACUGAGUAAGGCUAUGGGGAACCGUUUGACAGACAACAAUCCAAACAUAACAGACCUAAGCGACAGAAAUCGUCCAACAAAACUUGCUGAAAAAUGUGCAGAGCUGUAUGAUAAUCAAUGGACAGAUGCAUUUGAAAUUCUUGAAAAGUAUUUUUCAACUGAUGAGGCUGUGAUUGAAUCUCUUUUGCACGUCUUACAGGUUACUAUGAACUUCUGUCGGAAUACGGCCGAGCACCAGCUAGAGGAACUAGAAAGGACAUUGCAAUUUGCAGACAAACACGGGCAUGUAUUAACAAAAGCUCUUGAAACAGAAGAAUUCACUUUUGAAUGCCUUGAAUUAUGCUGGUUUAUGAUGGUAAAUGAUCCUCCUGUUGCAUUUGCUCCCUUGCUUGCAAAGGGUACACAAUUCAACUCAGAUUUAUACAAACCGUAUACAAGCAGUGGGACACACGUCGAAUAUGUUGUAUGGCCUGCUUUGCUAUUACACGAAGGUGGUCCAAUUCUGGCAAAAGGUGUUGCUCAAGGAAUCAACAAAUCAAAGAAAAAUGCAUUAAAUUAG